AUGUCGGAACCAAGCGUGCUCGAGAGACUCUUGACGAAGUGCCACAGCCUAAUGGGCACAAAUCCUUCAAGCGCCAAAGGGUGUCGUUCGAUGAGGCAGGUUUCGUGUGCGCUGAGGGCGAUAUCGAUGUUCUUCGCGAAGAACAUCGCAACAAUGCAGCUGUCAAAGAAGACCUGCCGGCACAAGAAACACUUUGACCGAAAAUUACGGCCCAUCAAAGUGUUCAGACGAAAUAUCCACGGCCUAGGCCACACAAAGGAAGGUUCGUGGUCUGACGAGCGCGCUCCCGAUGCUGAGCUGGUCAACACCAGCGGGUCCAAGAUGUCGCCUGAGGAAUGGGGGCGCCACGUUCGAGAUCUGGAAGUUGAGGCGAUUUGGAUGGACACGGUAGAUGAAUGGGAAGGCAGCACAGCAGCGGGUAGCUGCUCUGAAGACGAAGAAGAAGGGAUGUUGGCCUUGACUUCAGAUCCGCCCACUGCGGAGUCGAACAGCUCAGGACCUCAGGGCAUGGCUCGACCUUGGACCUACGAAGAUGUCCCGUCCGCCCACUGGAGUGACGGGCAAGUACACAAAAUGAGGAGAUACUCAGCCUGA